GCAAUUACAAGACCCCAUGUUCAGUUGAGAAAUAUAAAUAGAAUUUUGUAAUGUUUAUAUAAAAGUGUAUAGCUUUGUGACAUGCUGUUUGUUUUUGGUGGAAAAGAUUGUCAUUUGUCAUAUUCUUGUGAGGUGAUUUGAGUGGAGGCAAUGGACAAAGCUCUAACAAAAGCUGGCAGCUUCUGGAUUUCCAAGAAAGCUAAGGAAGAACUCUCUAGCAUCACUCAAGACCUCUCAUCUUUAUCAAACACUGUUGAGGAAAAAGCAAAAUGGAUAUUCAACAGGCUGAAAGGUAAGCCACUUAAAGCAUUGCCUGAUCUGCUCAAAGAUCACAACCUUCCGCCUGGUCUGUUCCCCCGGAACAUAAUAUGUUAUGAGUUUGAUGAAUCGAGAUCAAAGCUGAUUGUGUACUUGUCGUCACCCUGUGAGGUGAGCUUCAAGGACACUUCUGUUAUAAGGUACGCAACGCGUGUGAAGGGGACAUUGUCAAGAGGAAAGCUCACUGGGAUAGAAGGAAUGAAGACAAAGGUACUGGUGUGGGUUAAAGUCACAAAUAUAGCAGUGGAGAGCUACAAGUCUGAUAAAGUUUGGUUCACUGCUGGUGUGAAGAAGUCUAGGCCAAAAGAUGCAUAUGAAAUGCCUCGUGAUGCAAUCAAGGUCGAAGAAUUUUAAGUGGAAGAAUCAAAGUCUGAUAAAGCUCGGGGCACAUUGGUUUGUUGUAUGGUGUACCAAUUGAAAUAUGAAUAUUGUUUCUGUUCAACAAAACCAGUUUAUUCCAUUGAUAACUACUGGACUUUGGUAAA